AUGAGCUUAGUCUCGAACCCCCUGCUUCGUGCCCGCAACAAUCACGCAGCCGAGCUAGCCCGCCUCUACGACGGCAAGACAGAGGGGGAGAAGUUUCGCGUGUGCACGCAGCGCACUCUCGCAGCGCUACACGCUCUCAGAGCUGUUCAAGAUCCCGAGACAGCAUCUAUUGGAUAUGAGAUGAUGAUCGAAGAGGCGCUAAAGGUUUUCUCAAAUGGCGUGCCUCACCCAAGCCUCCAAGUAAUAUUGGACGCCUUGUAUAAGCGUUUCGGAGUGAAUGCUGGCGCUCGCAAGGAGAGCAUUGCGUCCGCUGUAGCGACUGCUCUGGAUGGUCUAGAUGGGCAGGUCUGGAGUGAUGUGUCUCCGUGGGAUAAUGAGGACGAUUCUUGGUGGUCUUACCUAGUUGCCACACAGGCAACACCUAUGAUCGAGCCUACCGGGCCUUUCCGGCCACCCGCCAGAGCUGCCGCACCCGCCGAGUCCGUCGAGUCUGCCGAAGCGCCCGCACCAUUCCGCGGCGACGCGGUAUCCGCUCCCCCCACCUACCCCAACUUUACCUUGGCGAAUUCUACGCGCGAUGGCCUCGGGGUCACUUCCCAAGACGGGGACAAUACACGACCUGCACCUUCUGUGCUUGCUGGCAAUACCCGCCGUCUGGAUGGCGGAGGAGAGGACGGAGACGCAGUCUCGUCUGCGACCGAAGCAUCAGGCGACGAUGCCAACGCACGGCGAAAAACGAUUGUGAAAGGGAGGCAAAAGGCCCCUGCCCCUGGACGCGACGCGUCGGGCGUCGAGAAGAACGGCGUCCGGCCGAAGCCGGUAAACCCCAAGAGAACAGCUACGGCUACGUCUGCGGGAAGUGUGAGCGCAAUUAUUCCCUCUUUGAUGAAGAAUGCUGAUAGUGGGACACCUACUCUUCGCGCGCCAUCUUUGUUGCGUCGUGCGAAGCUUUUCGAAGAUCUUCUCGAAAAGAAGAAGUUAUCGGCCUGGCCGCAAUGGCUUGACACUGAAGGCAACAUCCUUGACAAGGACUUUGCCAAGGCAUCCAACAACUAUGUGAAUGAAGACACGACGAGUUUCUUCUCUAGUGCACCGGAGAUCUACGCAGACCACGAAACGUACAUCGAGCAUCAUCCAUGCUAUAACACUCGCAAUCCGAACGCAAUCCGCAGUGGUACCAAGGCAUCAAAGAAAGGCUCCUCCGCCGCGAACCCUAUCAACGCAGACGAUCCAAUGCCCGUCACGAACUCUGACGUUGAACCCGAUGAUGAUGACGACGACGACGAAACGGAUAGUGUCAAGGCCGAGCAGGUGGAUCACGUACUGGCAUGGGAAGGACAUAGGUCGCAGCCGGAAAGUACGGGCCAAAGGGAGAGGAAGGUGGAAGCACCGCCGAAGAAGGCGCCCGUUGUUGGACCCACCACAGCCAUACCCUCCAGCGAUACAAUUAACGUAAAGAUGCUACACGACACUGUCCAGCUCGUCCAGAACACUCAGCUGGCGCAGAAGAAUACCCUUGAUCACCUGCUAUCGGAAGUUCAACGCUUGCACCAACGUCUGGAUGGUCUAGGGCCUCUGUAUUAUUCCAACCUCGAAACCGCCCAAUGGUCUAUUCAAGAUUCGUGGUUUCACCAGCCCAUGGACGGAGGUUCGAGCGGGCUAAACGCUGCCAGUACGACGGUGUCGAUUCCACCACAGGUCACAUCCCUUGAGCCUACUCCGUUCGCCUCCAUUGCGAAGCCCUGUGCCAACGUUGAGCGACAACCCUUUGCAGCCAGUACACCUUUCUCUAAGAGAUCCUCUGGGGUACAUCCGCCUUUUGGGUCUUCUAUGAGUCCAGUGGCUGAAUCCGGAACUAUGCCCUUUCGGCACCCCCUUCCUGCCCUCCCAAACACUACCACACCGCUGCUCGAUGACGCGCAUGGGCUUAUGAUCACGGGGGAGCCUUCUCUACUAUUGCCAACUCCUCAGGAUACAAUUUUUGCGCCCCAGUUGCAUCCCAUCAACUCAGCUCUACCAGAAUCAGUUGCACAGCCAGUGCUUAUGGCAAAGGCGACAGUUGCGAUACCUGCUGAGACAUCUACGCCCUCCACCUAUCCCUCUUCCUCGCUGCAAAUGAUGAUGGGCACCAAUGACCUUACUGCGCCAGGUAUGGGUGUGCAGGGCUUGGCGCAUGCAGCAGCUACACAAGAGCAAGGGCAAACGACCCCUCUGUUGCCAGCAGCAGAAGAAGAGGAUGUGCGUAUGUCGAACACCGGGGACUCUGCGGUGAGAACCGUCGGUGGUCCGAACAACAUCAACAGUAGUUCUCCCAAUGCGUCUGGCAUUGCUCCAUCCCCUUUCUCGGAUCCAAGCGGCAUGGAGAGGCUCACUAUGCCAUUACAUGAGGGGGACCAUGCUGAGCCCAUGGCAACUAUGCACCAAAUGUUGCCUGGUAAUGAGGAUACACGUCAUAGAGAUACACUGCGUGUGCAUUUCAGCCUCCCAGUCAUUGACCGGGGCAGCAAAUAUGCUGACCCUGAUGCACCUACCCUGCACCCUCCAGCGCUUCAGUCCCUCAGUCCCUCAGGACUGGGCAAGUUUGAGAUGAAUAUCGCAGAUGGUGUUCAGACCAACAACACAACUGGCAAUAGAGACACUGAAAACACUUUUCACACUGAUGUCAUCCCUGAUCAAGUCAGUGAUAAGGAGGAUCUGAACGACCGUGAUGUUCACGCAUGGGCAACACAGACUGAGGGGUUGGGUCAGGAGCGCUUUGAUGAAGCCAAGGAAAGCCCCACCUCUGGUCCCCUCCCAAACAUGCAGCUGAUUGUGUGA